GAGUCAUGUAUUAUGUUUUUUUUUCUCUCUUUCUCUGUUUCUUGUUAUCUUCUUCUAAUCUGCACAAGAACUCUCAUAGAGUUUGAAAGAAGCCAAUCAAAGAAAGGGCUAUUGUUUGUGACACAUGUCCUGUUGAUAUACUCACCUGAAUUCUUUGUCCCUCAAAAUUGUAAAAAUAUCCAGCAUUUCUUACUAGGAAAAGUGCUUUGAAGAAGGCGUAUCAACUCCAUUCUGAUUUUGUAGUUCUUAGUAAUCAUGCCAUUCUUGUCUGCCAUGAAUGCUUUUCCUUUCCCUUUUAUAAAAAUAAUAAGGCCAGUGAGCACAAUAUUCUGUAUUAUUUUAGAAAAAGCUGAUUUUUUUUACCAAAAUGAAUUCUUUACAAUUAAACUUAUCAUAACUUAAUAUUCGUCUUUGUGUGAAUUAUGGUUUCAUUACAUUACCCCCACCCUCCAUUUAACUUUCAGGAUAGUUUGCAUUCUUGUUUUCAGUUGCAUCUAACUCAAAAGUCUUCAUUAUAAUUCAUAAUAUUGACUACAAUUUAGUCUGAAAAACAGAAGCUUGGCAAACUGGAAGGAUGUUGCAAACUUGUUUAAAACUGGAUUGACAUGAAUACAGGCUCAGCCACCUUCAAUACCUCCUUUAUAUUCAACUGAAGGUUGAGUAUAUCAGCUGGAUUUUGUAGAUUGAAUUUCACUGACAGCCACAAGGAGGGUGUCUGUCAGUGCUCCCAACUCAAUUGAUAGUGCUUACUCCACAAAAGAACAAUAUAACCAUACACCUGUGAUGGCGAACCUAUGGCAUGCAUGCCAAAAGUGGCACACAGAGCCAUCUCUCUGGGCACACGAGCCGUCACCCAUUGUUCUUCCAGGUUCUGGCACACUGGCCAGCUGGUCUUCACGUACGCGGGAACACUGGAAAAUGGAAGAGCAGCCGACCGGUGCGCAUGUGUGUACCGUAAACCGGAAUAUCAUCUUCCCAGCAUGCACAUGUGCACCAGUCAGCUGGUGGACGCAUGCACAGCAGACGGCUGCUCUUCCAGUUUCCGGCACGCAUGCUCACACUCCUGUUUUGGCACUCGGUGCUGACAAGGUUCGCCAACACUGACAUAUGCUUUUCUUUUUGUCAUGUGGCCUUUUUCCAAACUAGGGGCAUCUCAACAUUAUGAGCUAUUUUUAUCAGAGCAUAAAAAAAAUAGGACCUUAUCUGUUGCAAAACAGAACAAUUAUACAAAUAUUUUUCUUCUUUUAAAAAUGCUUAAAAGACCUAUGAAAUAGGGAGUGACUGGGAAGGGAAAAAGAAAAUCUACUUUUUGCGAUAAUAAAACUAUAACUAUAGUAGCUGUAGGUUUUAGCUAUUAUAGCAUCAAUUGUGUCUUGUCUUUUACCUACGUAUAGCAUGAAAAUGUUGUCAGUAAUUCGUUUUCUUUCAAUGCUGAUAAUCCAAAUCUAUAGGCCAGAAACUUCAUCGAGGUACAAGAGCCUAAAUCAAUUGACAGUUACAUUCUCUCUCUUGAUUAUGUCAUUGUCACAGAAAGACAGGGAGUGAAAGGCACAGUCUGUUCUCCUAUUACCUCUUUGAACUUUCAUAUUGGCCCUUGAUAUGUACAAGCUGAACAAUAUUAUCAUCCAGAUACUGUAAAGUCUUGUUGAAAUGGGAGAGCACUAAAAUGACUCACUACUUAAACCAAUAACACACCUUGUUUCACCUUGUAAAUAGAGGCCCAGAACACAAGGCAAGGAUAAAAUUACUAAAGUUUCACUGGUUUCUUGACUAAAAAAAUCUCAGUUAGCUGUGUUUUAUGUUCACCUAGUAAAUGCUAAAUGAACCGAGAUAGGAAGAAUUGUUGUAAGACACAGAUUAAAUUCAGAUGAUACUUCCUCCAUUUUUUAACUGGCUUAAUAGGCAGAGGGCAAGAAUCAUAGCAAGAGUUGGGGGGGAUUUCAAGUUCUUGAAAUCAGAUUUGCUGAUUCCAAUUCUUCAUUUUUUGUCAAUUGUCCCUUGUGAAAGUAUAAGAUCAGUAUAUGUGAACUAUGAAUGGUAUUGCUGCUGUUGCUGAAUUAUUUUUAAAAAUGUAACUGCCUUUUAUUCUAAAAUAAUGGAGCAGUGUCCUAAAGACAGACUUGAAAGUAUCUAGAUAUCUGAAGAAUUAGUAUCUUCUAAAUGACAUAUAAGCUUUCAUACAUACGAUACAUCUUUCAGAUAUGUGGAUUUCAGUUCCUAGAAUUCUUAGCAAUUUUCAUGCUAAUUAGUAGAUCUGGGAGUUGAACUCGCAUUAUUUAAAGGACCGAUAGGUUAGGGAAAGAAGUUUCUAUAAUGCGAAAAAUAAAUACAUAAAUAAAAUAUUAAGAGACAAAAUCAUCCACAGAAAUAAUAAGAGAAUCAAAAAUUAAUCUAGCACCAGGGCAGAUAAAGUUUUAUUUAUUUAUUUAUUUAUUUAUUAAUCACAUUUAUAUACCACCCUAUCUCCCGAGGGACUCAGGGCGGUUCACAGGCAAGUAAAAGACAUAUAAAUACACACUAAAACCACAUUUAAAAAACUUAUUCUACAAAGCCGAAUUAAAAAGCAAUAUAAAUAAUAAAAACCCAUUUAAAACCAAUAUAAAUUUAAAAACUAAUCCAGUCCUGCGCAAAUGAAUAAGUGUGUUUUAAGCUCUUCCCUUGCUGACACUAAAAUGUUUGAGAAGGGCCUCCCUAGUAGAAUUAGGAUAUUUCUGGAUCUGAUACACAGAAAAGCAUCCUUUGGUGCUAUCCACUUAUAUUUUCAGGGUAAAAGCUACCAUUCUGAAUUAGCCUGAGAGCAUAUAAGUGAUCUCAGCACUGGUGCAAUUUCACCUGGCUGUAUCUGCUAACCAUCUACUACCUACAUUCUGACGUGGUUGAAAGCCCCAGGUCAUUUUCAGAGACAUCCAUAAGAACAGUAUUCUGUAAUAAUGAAGUUGGGAAUAUACUUGAGGAAGCAGUGAUAACAUCAGACAUCCUACAAAACCCAAAUCACAUAUGGCUCAAGCCAUUCGUAACUGGUGAAAGGCACUUCUGGCCACUAACAGACAAACUGGAUCAACCACUACCCUUAAUCAGCUCUUGCUGAUUCAUAGGACUGGUGUCUGGUAAUGAUUCAGUUUCAAUAUCUGGGAAUUAGGACUCAAUAGUUUAUCCCAUUGAGAUUCAUCGUCAAUUUAUAGAUGAAUUAUUACUGAAUCCAUAAAUAAUAUCUUCAUCUUUUCAGCUUCAUCUACAUCAAAGGGGCAUUAAAUUACUUUAGAAUUAAAGUAAUCUACAUAUUGGGAAAAGCUUAUAACAAAUCAAUACCUAUCUACCUUAAUUAAUUCUUUGGUUCCACAAUUCAAGGACUGGACUUAAUUUUGUCAUUUUUCAGUGUAGUUGCAUCCAUCUUAUAUUAAAUAAUCAUUGGUAAUCCAACAUUUCUACUCUAUAGAGUAGAUUAUUAAGAGUAGGUUAUUAAGUAGUAGGUUAUUAAGUAGUAGGUUAUUAAGAGGAAGUAUAAAAUACAUAAAACAUAGUGGCAAGGGUGCUGAAUUUAGAGUGGAAGAACUGUUUUCAUGGAGUUGUGAAAGAUAUUGGGUGAACUUAAGCCCAGCCACUGAAUCAAAAAUGUUUUAUAAUUAUAAGCUUACAAUUGGGCAAUCUGCUUAUAUGGUUAUAAUCUAGUUGGAAAGAGGGGGAUUAAAAUGGGAAUUCAAAUAGAUAGGAAGAAUGUUUCACAUUACAAUAUUACAAUGGCAAGCAUUAUUUUUUAAAAAAAAAACAGAUUUAAUGGAAGGUUGUCUAAUAUUAAUGAUAGAAAUAGCGUUCUCCAUCUCGUGAAGAAUGAAAUGAUGUUCAGACCCUCUUGAACCCCCAAACUUGUAGUUUUUAAUAGUUUACCUAGGUGAUGAAUUAUAGACCUACUGAUUUUAAAAUACCGAGUUUGCAAAGUUGGCAAUGGGUAAUUGGAACUAGCAAAAUGUAUUAGCAGUCACUAGUUUGCAUUGCAGCGUUGUGUGUAUUUUUCAGUGGGGUUAUUUGAUAUGCAUCCAUUGUCAUGGCAGAACUCCAAUGUUAGAAAAUUAAAAAGAUCUUUUGAAAGGUUUUCUAUGUGACUCAAAGUGGAAAUAACCAAAAGUAACUGAGCAAACACAAAUCCUGGUACUAUGUUACACUUUUGUUUUAUUCAAAUGUUGAAGACAGGUAGUUGGGUUCGGUCAAAGUUCACAGAAACUAAAUUGGUUUAUAAUUCAAACAUAGGUAAAAUGUGUUUUGUACUUGCUUUAGCUCUGAUAUUUUGUAUAUAUUUUUUUGUUUAAUUUGAUUGUUGAUGCUUUGCUUUUACUGCAUAUUUGUACAUUGAUGUUAUGAUAAUACACACUCCAGUGCUGUGCUGUCAUCCCUUCCAUCGCUUUUCUUUGGCAGCUCAGUUCUUUUUUCAAAGGUCAUAGUAGCAGUAAAACUAAAGAAAGCAUUAUUAGUGAAAGGACUGACCAUCUCAGACAGAAAUUGUAGAUGUUGAAGAUGUAGAUAUUUGAAGACUUUCAGGCCAGGAAAAAGAUGAUACAUUUUAUCCUGCUGUUCAGCCGACAAGGGAAAUUAAGACUUCAGAAAUGGUUUAUUACACUUCCUGAAAAGGAAAAGAAAAAAAUCACCCGAGAAAUUGUGCAGAUUAUUCUGGCUCGAAAUCAAAAAAUGAGCAGCUUUGUUGACUGGAAAGAUCUCAAGCUUGUUUAUAAAAGGUAUGCUAGUUUGUAUUUCUGUUGUGCAGUAGAAGAAGAAGACAAUGAGCUACUGACCCUAGAAGUUGUCCAUCGUUAUGUAGAGCUAUUGGACAGAUAUUUUGGCAAUGUAUGUGAAUUGGAUAUUAUUUUCAAUUUUGAGAAAGCAUAUUUUAUACUUGAUGAAUUUCUAAUGGGCGGGGAAGUUCAAGAGACAUCCAAAAAAUCUGCGGUGAAAGCCAUAGAAGAUGGUGAUAUGUUACAAGAGACAAUGGAAGAAUAUAUGAGCAAGCCUGCUUUUUAAAUCAAAACUACAGAACCAGCUAAAGGGACCAUAUAACAUGGCAUAACAUUUCAAGUGCCAGAUUUUGUUUAAAUACACAUUGCCCAAGUUCUAAAAGUGAUAUGUUAUCUAUGCAACUGUCAAGAUGAAGGUCAGCCACAGUGCUGUCAGUAUAGCAGCACAUGUAUAUUAUACUUUAUAUGAGUUUAUUUUAAUUUAAUCUUUCUUGGCUGUCUAGAUUGAAAGUUUUAUGGAAACUCUUACUAUCAACUUUUUACUUCUAAGAAAUUGAUACUCGAAUCUUUGAAGGAUAUAUUUAUGACUCUGGACCAGUUUCUGAUCAAUUCAAUAUAAUUUUGUAAAAACAAAACUUGUUAUGUGAUCAUUUUUUUCUAUAUUAAUAAUAUUUUUACAAAACAUAUGGUGUUGAUAGAUUUAAUUGUUAACUUUUUUUUGACAGCAAGUGUCCUGGACUGUAGAUAAUUUAAUACAUUAUAGUCCUUUGUGUUGAAGGUAAAUCAAUUUUUUACAAGAUUGAAUACAAAUUUUUGCCAAGCAUUCCUUAAUCAGCAUUUCUGCAAGCUGAAAGAGCAAUUA